AUGGAGGAUGAAGAAGGUGUUGUUUUUCUUUCCUGUUUGGUUGUUGAGAAAAGGAAGGAAAUGAAAAGAAAAUUGACAUUUUUAUUGAUUUAUGUUUAUGUAAUUAUAUCAUUAAAUCACAAAUUAAUCGGUCAGGUUCUGGAGUUGGAGGGGAAUGCGGCACGUGACAACAAGAAGACUUGGAUCAGCCCGCGACACGUGCUAUUGGCAGUGAAAAACGACGAGGAGCUGGAGAAGCUUUUGAAAGGAGUGACCAUAGCCAGUGGCAGUGUGCUUCCGCAGAUAAACCCAAUUUUGCUUCCAAAGGAGACGACGUCGUCCAAAGCCUCUUCCAAGGCUCCCAAGCUCGUCAAUCCCACCACCAACAAAUCGUCUUUUUCUGCUGCUGUAGAAAAUGCUCCCAACUUUGGGAACGAGGCAAACGACGCCGCUUCAGAUGUCGCCGACAAUGCGUCUCCCAAUUCACCACCCAAGGAGUUGGCCUCAAGCCCCUCUUCUGGUGUUUCUGCUGUACAGCAACUGCAUAAAAUAAUGUAA